GCCGGUCAGAGAGCCCAGCCAGGGCAGCCAGAGAGUCAGCCAGGGCAGCCAGGAAGUCAGCCAGCUGGGCAGCCUGAGGCCCCGAACAGAAGAGGCCGAUGAGUCGGGGCUGAGCAGGGCAGCCUUGUCGGCGUCCAGGAUGCGCGUCAGCGGGUCCGCCCUGCUCAUGGCCUCGGUGCAGGAGCAGCAGGAGCGCGAGCGCGCGCUGGAGAAGAAAGCCAAGAGGAGGGACAAGCUGAAGAAGGACACCAAGUCGACGCGCAAGCGCACCAACAUGCCCCUCACGCAGGCGGAGAUCACGCGCGUGCAACAGGAAAAGGCACGCGCGGCGCGGGCGGCUCGCGAGAAAUCGUUCCGCGGGCAGCACUUCCAGAUCAUGGACACGGUGGCGAUGCACCUCAUGGUGGACGCCAACGACGUCAAGGAGGGCGUCCUGGACUCGCAGGCCAACCUGGACCUGCUGGAGAGCUUCAUCAGCGAGGGACUUGCUGCCCCCUCCCGAUGGCGAGUGCUGCCAGUUUGGCUGCCAGCGCCGCCACCUGGCGCACCCCCUCUGCGAGCUCCACAGGCAGACGGCGUCUCUGACGGAGUCGGAUUUCUUUCUGCAGACAGCGGUCGUGUGCUGCCCGUCGACUACGUCAAGGACUCCGGCGAGCUGCUGCCGCGCGUCGUGGUGACGGACGGCAACGACCACGGCGUCUGCGGCCGCUGCGUGGCCAUCUACCGCUCCAAGCUCACCGCGCUGGAGGAGAAGACUCUCUUCGACGACUUGUACUUCUCGCCCUUCGAGGUGGAGCCGGGGUCCACGACGGUGGCGGCUCUGUCCGACCUCGUGGCCCGCCUCAGCGUCCCCGCGCUCAGCGCGUCCAAGAACUGGGGCGACCUGCCGGACAAGCCCCGAGAGCAGUUCCUUUACAACUUCAACAACUUCGCCCACUUCUUGUCCUGCACCUCCACGGACCUCGACCUGGGCCUGCGGUUCCCCAUGCCCGACGACAGCAUCCUCCGCGAGCUGUCGACCCCCCAGAAGGUGAAGGAGGCCUCCGUCAAGAGGAAGGUGGUGACCGUCAUCGAGCAGUACGUGCGCCAGUGGUCCGACAUGAUCCAGGAGGUCCUGACGGUGCGGCAGCAGAUCCGGAGGGAGCGCGAGGACAUCGGGCCGCGCUCCGAGCUGGUGUACUGGCGGCGCUGCCUGGCCAAGUACACCUCCAUCAUCGAGCACCUCAAGAGCCCCACCUGCCAGAACUUCGUCGUCAUCCUGGUCCUGAGCAAAAGCAAACUGCUGGCCAGAUGGAAGGACCUUGACAGCGAGAUCACGGAGGCCGCCAACGAGGCGGCCGACACCGUCAAGUACAUCUACGGCAUCCAGAGGCUGCUGGCCCCGCUCUACCAACUCGACCCGCCCAAGCUGGCGGCGCAGAUCCCCAACCUCAUGACGCUCAUCAGGAACCUGUACUCCACGUCCAGGUUCUACAACACCACCGAGCGCCUGCAGGUCAUGCUCGUCAAGGUGACGAAUCAAAUCCUCAACUCGUGCCGCGCCUACCUGACCGCCAACGGCACCUGGUCCAUCUGGAAGCAGGCGAAGAGGGACGUGAUCCAGAAGAUGCAGGUCUGCAUCCGGCUGCAGCGAGACUACGAGAAGCGAUUCGAAGAGACGCGCGAGCUGGUGGCGCGGUGCCCGCUGGAAGGCACCUUCGAAUGCUCCUCCAUGUACAUCUUCGGGAAGUUCAAGAAGUUUUGCGGCCGCCUCCUCAAAAUCGUUUACAUCCUGGAGACGACGCUGCUGUACUCGGUGCUGCAAUCGUCCUGCAUCGAGGGCAUCGAGGAGCACGCGCUCAAGUUCACCAAGAUGUUCCAGCGCAUCUCCAACCAGCCGUUCGACCCGCUCAACUACCGCAAGGAGGAGUUCGACGCCGAGUUCGACACGUUCAAGUGGGCGCAGGUGGAGGCGGAGGAGGCCCUGUACAAGUUCAUGCGGUGCAGCUUGCAGUGCUGCCCGACCAUCCACUCGGAGCUCAUGCUCAUCAAGAGGUUCGAGAAGCUGGGCCUGGACUGCCUGGAGGUGCAGAUGGCGUACGAGGACGCGCUGGACAGGUUCCUGGAGGAGAUCGAGUCCGUGCGGGACCGCUACAACGACGACCGCCAGAAGCUGCUGGUGACGAGGAACCUCACGCCCAUCGCGGGCCGCAUUCUCUGGGCGCGCCAGUUCUUCGAGCGUAUCGCCGAGCCGAUGGAUGCCUACCGCGACCAGCCGGCUAUUCAAGGCGAGAAGGCGCAGAAGGUGAUCAAGCACUACAACGCCCUGGCCAUGACUCUGGUGCACUACGAAAUCGUCCACCAUACUGCGUGGUGCAACAGCACUCAGUUGGUCCGCGCGUGCCUCGCGGAGCCCAUCCUGGCCCGCACCGCGGAGGGCAACCUGGUCGUCAACUACAACCCGUACCUGCAGGAGGUGAUACGCGAGACGGAGUGCUUCUGGAGGAUGGGCCUGCAGGUGCCGGAGAUCGCCCAGGUGCUGACCUUCUGCAAGAAGCAAAUCUACGAGCUGGUGGGCGCGGUGACGUCGCUCAUGAAGCGCUACAAGGAGGUCCGCGCCAACGUGCCGCGCCUCUUCGCGUCGCUGAUGCGCUGCAAGCUGCAGGAGCUCGAGGCCACGGUGCAGCCCGGCCUCACGUCGGUGCUCUGGACCUCCCUCACCAGCCACGAGUUCAUCGCGUCCGUCAACGCCAAGCUGGACGACCUGGAGGCCUUCGUCAAGGAGGUCUCCGACAUGAAGAGCGCCCGCGUGGACGCCACCCUGGAGGCGCUGUCCGAGACGGUGCUGGUGUGGCUGCCGCCCGCCGCGGUGCCGCCCCAGGAGUUCCAGGAGAAGAACAAGGCCUUCUUGAAGAAGGUGGCGCUGGAGCUGGCGCAGAGGUCCGCCGUCGUCGAGGGCGCCGUCAAGGAGCUCAUCAACCGGUUCGCGGACGUGCUGCCCGACCAGUUCGGCGACGAGCGCUACGGCUGGCUGGACACGGACAAGGCGGCGCGCACCGUCAGCUCGCAGACCAAGCUGGCCGACGUCACCCAGGAGGAAGUGCUCCGGGAGGUGGAGAAGGUGAAGCUGGUGGACAUCUCGCAGUUCUACAACGACGCCAUGGACAUGUUCUGCUACUUCAACGCCAAGAACAUCGAGGCGCUCGUCCAGUGCAACAAGCUGUCGCUCGAGAUGCUCCGCAAGCGGGCCGGCCUGUCUUUCCGGUCUAGUCAGACGGAGGGGGAGCAGAUGACGCCGCUCUUCGCCGCGGACAUGGUCCUGACCAUCCCCAAGAUGGUGAUGAUUCCCACGCUGGACGAGGCCAACACGGCCUUCAACGCCGUGGUGCUCAGCGUGGUGGAGGCGAACAAGGCGGUGCGCACGUGGGGCCUGGAGCAGCCCAAGGACCUCGACGAGACCUCGCUGGGCGAGAUGACGACCGUGGACAUCGAGACCAAGACGAUGUUCAAGACCAUCUCGGAGCACCGCGAAGUGAGCCGCACCACCACCGCCCUCACCGGCAACAUCGUCAUGCACAAGGCGGAGCUGGUGCGCCUGCUGGAGGAGAACAGCACUAUUUAUAGCAUCCCCUUGCCGGAAACCAGCCGCCAGGAGGGCUCCAUGGGCCCGGUGCGCAUGGUGCCGCUGUGGGACGACUACCGCGUCCCGAUCCUCGAGUCCUUCGUCAACGCCGAGCCCCUCAUCGUGGACAUCCGGGACCGCCUCAUGUGCUACAAGGCGAUCCUGGACGACAUCGAGGCGCUGCCCGCCGUGCACGUGGUGGGCGCGUUCCAGAUCAACUUCAACCCCGCUCGGGAGGGCCUGGUGGUGGAGGCGCAGGCCUGGAAGAACACGCUGGGCCGCCUGCUGUGCCAGCACCACGGCGUGCGCCUCGAGGAGAACGUCAAGUUCAUCGCGGACCACACGACGCUGCUGCAGCGCCAGAUCAAGGACCUGGACGACGUGCGCCUGGCCAUGGCCGCCCUCCACGAGGUGGCCGAGAACUUCAUCCGCCUGGACCUCAGCCUCAUGGAGCUGGAGGACCUGUACGCCCUGCUGACCAGCUUCCAGGUGGCGGUGAGCCGCGAGGACAUCGACAGCAUCAACACGCUGCGCUACACGUUCAGCAACAUGGUGGCCCUGGCGAUGAAGACCCAGGUGGAGCUGUGCGCGGUGCAGGACCCGUUCCGAGACGAGCUCAUAAGACAGGUGGAGACGUUCAAGAGGGACGUGGACAAGUUCGACUACGACUUCGAGACGGCCGGGCCCCUGGUGCCGGACAUCCCGGCGCGCGAGGCGAGCGAUCGCGUGCUCAUCAUGCAGGGCCGUCUGGACGACCUGCUGACGCGCCACGAGAUCUACCAGAGCGGCGAGGAGCUGUUCGGCCUCGCCGUCAACGAGUACCCCACGCUGAUGCAGAAGAAGAGGGACUUCACGCUGCUGCAGAAGCUCUACUCGUUGUACAAUUCGGUCAUGAUGACCGUCGAGGGCUACUACGACAUCGUGUGGUCCGAAGUGAACAUCGAGUCCAUCAUGGAGGAGCUGGCCGAGUUCCAGAACAGGUGCCGGCGACUGCCGAAGGGGCUGCGGGAGUGGCCGGCUUACCUGGACCUCAAACAGAUGAUCGACGACUUCAACGGCACGUGCCCGCUGCUGGAGAUGAUGACCAACAAGGCCAUGAAGGACCGCCACUGGCGGCGCCUGGAGGACCUCACCAACUGCAGCUUCGACGUGGAGAGCGAGACGUUCACGCUCAAGACUCUACUCGAGGCGCCCCUGCUGCAGCACAUCGAUGACGUCACGGACAUUUGCUUGGGCGCCGUCAAGGAGCGCGAGAUCGAGGCCAAGAUGCUGCAGGUGAAGGCCGACUGGGCCGUGGUCGACUUGAUGUUCGUCGAGUUCAAGUCGCGCGGCGAGCUGCUGCUGCGCGGCACGGAGGCCGGGGAGAUCAUCGCCCAGCUCGAGGACAGCCUCAUGGUCAUGGGGUCCUUGCUGUCCAACCGGUACAACACGUACUUCAAGAAGGAGAUUCAGAACCUCGUGUGGAAGCUGAGCACCACGUCGGAGAUCAUGGAGCAGUGGAUGGUGGUGCAGAACCUGUGGGUGUACCUGGAGGCCGUCUUCAGCGGCGGCGACAUCGCCAAGGAGCUGCCCGCCGAGACCAAGAAGUUCAACACCAUCGACAAGUCCUGGGUCAAGAUCAUGACCCGCGCCCGCGAGGUGAAGAACGUCCUGGAGGUGUGCGUCGGCGACGAGAGCAUGCAGCAGCUGCUGCCCUUCCUGCUGGAGCAGCUCGAGUCCUGCCAGAAGUCGCUGUCCAGGUACCUGGAGCAGAAGCGACUGCAGUUCCCGAGGUUCUUCUUCGUGUCGGACCCCGCCCUGCUGGAGAUCCUCGGCCAGGCUUCGGACACCCACACGAUACAGGAGCACCUGCUGAACGUCUUCGAAAACGUGGCUGAGGUGGAGUUCCACGAGAAGGAGUACGACAAGAUCCUGAGCAUCAAGUCGCGCGAGGGCGAGACCAUCCCGCUGGACACGCCCAUCAUGGCGACGGGCGGCGUGGAGGUGUGGCUCAACAAGCUGCUGGCCAUGGUGCGCCAGUCCGUCAACACGGUCAUCUGCAACGCCGUGGCCAACGCGCAGGACCCCGAGUACGACGCCAUCCCCUUCAUCGAGUCCAUCCCCGCGCAGGUGGCGCUGCUGCACAUCCAGAUGGUGUGGACGGAGAGGGCGGAGCGCGCGCUGCGGGACGCGCGGCUCAACCGGCAGGUCAUGCCCACGGCCAACCAGUUCUUCCUCGACCUGCUCAACCUCCUGAUCGACCAGACGACGCGCGACCUGUCCCACUUCACGCGCGUGCUCUACGAGACCCUCAUCACCAUCCACGUGCACCAGAGGGACAUCUUCGACGAGCUGUGCCGCCUGCACAUCAAGUCCCCGCAGGACUUCGAGUGGCUCAAGCAGGCGCGCUUCUACUUCGACGAGGAGGCGGAGCACGUCAACGUGUGCAUCACGGACGUCACCUUCGUGUACCAGAACGAGUACCUGGGCAACACGGACCGCCUCGUCAUCACGCCGCUCACGGAUCGCUGCUACAUCACGCUGGCGCAGGCCAUCGGCAUGCACAUGGGCGGCGCGCCGGCGGGUCCGGCCGGCACGGGCAAGACGGAGACCACAAAGGACAUGGGCAAGGCCCUCGGCAAGUACGUGGUGGUGUUCAACUGCUCGGACCAGAUGGACUUCCGCGGGCUGGGCCGCAUCUUCAAGGGCCUGGCCCAGUCCGGGUCCUGGGGCUGCUUCGACGAGUUCAACCGCAUCGACCUGCCGGUGCUGAGCGUCGCGGCGCAGCAGAUCUACAUCGUGCUCACGGCCAGAAAGAUGCGCCAGACGCACUUCUUGUUCAGCGACGGCGACAACGUGUCCCUCAACACCGAGUUCGGCCUCUUCAUCACCAUGAACCCAGGCUACGCUGGUCGCCAGGAACUGCCCGAAAACCUUAAAAUCCAGUUCAGGUCCGUCGCCAUGAUGGUCCCAGAUCGCCAGAUCAUCAUGCGCGUCAAGCUGGCGUCGUGCGGCUUCCGCGACAACAUCCUGCUGGCCAGGAAGUUCUUCACCCUGUACAAGCUGUGCGAGGACCAGCUCAGCAAGCAGGUGCACUACGACUUCGGCCUCAGGAACAUUCUGUCCUGCCUGCGCACCCUGGGCGCCCAGAAGCGCGCCAACCCCCAGGACGCCGAGGAGACCACCGUGAUGCGCGUGCUCAGGGACAUGAACCUCUCCAAGCUGGUGGACGAGGACGAGCCGCUGUUCCUGACGCUGAUCGAGGACUUGUUCCCGGGGAUCAAGCUGCCGACGCGCUCCUACAAGGACCUGCAGGACGCCAUCGCGAGCGCCGUGGAGCAGAGCGGGCUCGUGAACCACCCCGGCUGGAACCUCAAGCUGGUGCAGCUGUACGAGACGUCGCUGGUGCGGCACGGGCUGAUGAUCGUGGGCCCCACUGGCGCGGGCAAGACGGCCUGCAUCCAGACGCUGAUGAAGGCCCUGACCGAGUGCGGCCACCCCCACAAGGAGAUGCGGAUGAACCCCAAGGCCAUCACGGCGCCGCAGAUGUUCGGCCGCCUGGACGUCGCCACCAACGACUGGACGGACGGCAUCUUCUCCACGCUGUGGCGCAAGACCUUGCGAGUCAAGAAGACGGAGACCACCUGGCUGGUGCUGGACGGCCCCGUGGACGCCGUGUGGAUCGAGAACCUCAACUCCGUCCUGGACGACAACAAGACCCUGACGCUGGCCAACGGCGACCGCAUCGUCAUGGCGCCCAACUGCAAGCUGCUGUUCGAGCCGGACAACCUGGACAACGCGUCCCCCGCCACCGUGUCCAGGAUGGGCAUGGUGUUCAUGUCCUCGUCCUGCCUGCCCUGGGGCCCCAUCCUGGAGGGCUGGCUGCUGAAGCAGCACAAGGACGACGCCGCCGCGCUGCGCCCGCUGUUCGAGGCCCUGUACGAGGAGACGCAGCGAUUCCUGCAGUCGCGCCUGCACCCCAAGAUGAACAUCCUGGAGGCCGUGUACAUCCGCCAAUGCACCGACAUCCUGGAGGGGCUCAUGCACCGCUACGACGAGGCCAGGACGGCGCACCAGACCGUGAAGGAGACCAACGACCGCGAGCGGGAGCCCAUCGACGCGACGCACCUCGAGCGCAUGUUGCUGUUCUCCAUCAUGUGGAGCCUGGGCGCGGUGCUGGAGCUCGACGACCGCGACCAGCUCGAGGAGUUCGUGCGCAGCCACGAGUCCGCGCUGCGCUGGCCCAAGACGGAGGAGGGCGAGUCCCUCUUCGAGUACAUGGUGUCGGCCAACGGGCAGUGGCAGCACUGGCGCGAGCACGUGGACGAGUACGUGUACCCGGACGACUCGGUGCCCGACUACGCCUCCAUCCUGGUGCCCAACGUCGACAACGUGCGCACCGCCUUCCUGAUCGACAACAGCGCCCGGCACGGCAAGGCGGUGCUGCUGAUUGGCGAGCAGGGCACGGCGAAGACGGUGAUGGUGCAGGGCUACAUGUCCAAGUACGACCCGGAGGAGCACCUUUCCAAGGGCUUCAGCUUCAGCUUCGCGACGACGCCGAACAUGGUCCAGGUGAGUCUGCAGAGCUACCUGGACAAGCGCGUGGGCACGACGUACGGCCCGCCCAACGGCCGCAGGAUGACGCUCUUCAUCGACGACAUCAACAUGCCCGUCGUCAACGAGUGGGGCGACCAGGUCACCAACGAGAUCGUGCGCCAGCUCAUGGAGAUGCGCGGCUUCUACUCGCUGGACAAGCCGGGCGACUUCUCCAUCAUCCAGGACCUGCAGUACGUGGCCGCCAUGAUCCACCCGGGCGGCGGUCGCAACGACAUCCCGAACCGCCUCAAGCGCCAGUUCUGCAUCUUCAACUGCACGCUGCCCUCCAACAACUCGCUGGACAAGAUCUUCGGCGUCAUCUGCCGCGGCUACUUCUGCAAGAGCCGCUUCCGGCGCGCCAUGGUGGAGUUCAUGCCGAGCCUGGUGGAGCUGACCCGCAUCGCCUGGCAGCGCGUCAAGGGCCGCAUGCUGCCCACGCCCGCCAAGUUCCACUACGUGUUCAACCUGCGGGACAUCUCGCGCAUCUGGCAGGGCAUGCUGACGAUCCAGGACGCCGAGCUGCGCGACAAGGCCACGGCCCUCAAGCUGUGGCGCCACGAGUGCACGCGCGUCAUCGCCGACAAGCUGACCACCGCCGAGGACCGCGAGUGGCUGAGCGACACGCUGCGCACCACGGCCGAGGAGAUGCUCGGCGAGGACUUCGCGCACUUCUCCGAGGAGGAGUGCUUCUUCGUGGACUUCAUGCGAGAGGCGCCGGACCCCACCGGGGACGAGCCGGACGACGCGGCCCUGGAGCCGCCCAAGAUCUACGAGGAGGUGCCAGACUGGGACUACCUCAAGAAGUGGCUCGUGUUCUACAUGGACGGCUACAACCAGACGGUGCGCUCCGGCUUCCUGGACCUGGUGCUGUUCCACGACGCCAUGAUGCACCUGUGCAUCAUCUCGAGGAUCAUCCGCGCGCCGCGGGGGUCCGCCCUGCUGGUGGGCGUGGGCGGCUCCGGCAAGCAGUCCAUCACCAAGCUGGCCUCCUUCAUCGCCAACUACAAGUCGUACCAGAUCACCAUCACGCGCACCUACAACGUCAGCAACCUGCUGGACGACCUCAAGUACCUCUACCGCCUGGCCGGCCUGGAGGGCAAAGGGGUGAGCUUCAUCUUCACCGACAACGAGAUCAAGGACGAGAGCUUCUUGGAGUACAUCAACAACGUGCUGAGCGCCGGCGAGGUGGCCAACCUGUUCCCGCGCGACGAGAUGGACGACAUCCUGGACCAGCUGAUCCCCAUCAUGAAGAAGCUGGAGCCGAAGCGGCCGCCCACCCGCGACAACCUCAACGCCUUCUUCCUGGCCAGGGCGCGCGCCAACCUCCACGUCGUGCUCUGCUUCUCGCCGGUCGGCGAGAAGUUCCGAACGCGCGCCCUCAAGUUCCCGGGCCUGAUCUCGGGCUGCACCAUCGACUGGUUCUUCCGGUGGCCGAAGGACGCCCUGGUGGCCGUGUCGCGGCACUUCCUGGCCAACUUCGACAUCGUGUGCUCGCCCGAGGUCAAGGAGUCCCUCAUGGACCUCAUGGGGGAGGUGCAGGACGGCGUGGCCGAGUGCUGCACGUCGUACUUCGAUCGGUACCGGCGGCAGACCCACGUGACCCCCAAGUCGUACCUCUUCUUCCUGGACGCCUACAAGAGCGUGUACGCGGAGCGCAACGCCAGCAUCGCGUCCAUGCAGUCGCGCAUGAGCUCGGGCCUCAGCAAGCUGGCCGAGGCCGUGGUGUCCGUGGAGGAGCUGCAGAAGGAGAUGCGCGUCAUGGAGAAGGACUUGGCCAUUUCCACCGAGAAGGCCGACGAGGUGCUGGCGGCCGUGACGAAGCAGGUGACGGAAACCGAGAAGGUGAAGGCCGACGUGCAGGCCGUGGCGGCGAGCCAGCAGGAGCUGGUGGACGCCAUCGACGCGGACCGCGCCAUCGCCAACGAGCGCCUGGAGGUGGCCAAGCCCGCCCUGGAGGCCGCGGAGCAGGCGCUGCUCACCAUCAAGGCCACGGACAUCGCCACCGUGCGGAAGCUGGCCAAGCCGCCGUACCUCAUCACCGUCAUCAUGGACGUGGUCAUGGUGCUGUUCGGCAGCAAGCUGACCCCCGUGAAGCCCGACCCCGAGAGGCAGUUCAUGGUGCCGUCCUGGGGCGAGGCGCUCAAGGUGGUGGCCGAUGUCAACUUCCUGAAGCGCCUGCAGCAGUUCCCCAAGGACAUGAUGAACGAGGAGACCAUCGACCUGAUGGGGCCGUACCUCAACAACCCGCUGUACACGUACGAGAACGCGCGCGCCGCCUGCGGCAACGUGGCCGGGCUGCUGUCCUGGACCAUCGCCAUGGCGCAGUUCUACGGCAUCAACAAGGAGGUGCUGCCGCUCAAGGCCAAGGUGGCCGUGGCCGAGGCAAAGCUGCAGACCGCCAUGCAGAAGCUGGCCGAGGCGGAGGCCCUGCUCGCCGAGAAGGAGAAGGACCUCAACAUCCAGAAGGAGCGGCACGCCGAGGCCAUGGCCGGCAAGCAGGUGGUGCAGGACCAGGCGGACCAGUGCUCCGAGAAGAUCAACCUGGCCCAGGGGCUCAUCAGCGGGCUGGCCGGCGAGCGCAUCCGCUGGCAGGAGCAGCUGGGGCUGUUCUGGUCCGAGAUCCAGCGCAACGUCGGCGACGUGCUGCUGUUGACGGGCUUCCUGUCGUACGCCGGGCCCUUCAACCAGGAGUACCGCACCUUGCUGCAGCGCAACUGGCUGGACGAGCUGAUGCAGCGCCGCAUCCCCGUGUCGGGCAACGUCAAGGUCACGGACUGCCUCACGGACCAGGCCACGACGUCGGAGUGGAACCUGCAAGGGCUGCCCAACGACGAGCUGUCCAUCCAGAACGGCAUCAUCGUCACCAAGGCCUCACGGUUCCCCCUGCUCAUCGACCCGCAGGGCCAGGGCAAGCAGUGGAUCAAGAACAAGGAGAAGGACUACGACUUGCAGAUAACGUCACUGAACCACAAGUACUUCCGCAACCACCUGGAGGACUGCUUGGGGCUGGGCCGGCCGCUGCUCAUCGAGGACGUGCUGGAGGAGCUGGACCCGUGCCUGGACAACGUGCUGGAGAGGAACUACAUCAAGGUUGCCUCCACGUACAAGGUCAAGGUUGGCGACAAGGAGGUGGACGUGAACACGGCCUUCAGGCUCUACAUCACCACCAAGCUGCCCAACCCGUCGUACACGCCCGAGGUGGCGGCGCGCACCUCCAUCAUCGACUUCGCCGUCAACCUCAAGGGCCUCGAGGACCAGCUGCUGGGCCGCGUCAUCCUCACGGAGAAGAGGGAGAUGGAGAUGGAGCGGAUCAACCUGGUGACGGGCAUCACGGAGAACAGGAGGAAGAUCCAGAACCUCGAGGCGAACUUGCUGCUCAAGCUGACCACGGUGCAGGGGUCUCUUGUGGAUGACCCGAGUGUCAUGGAGAUGCUCAACGUGACCAAGAACACGGCACAGGAAGUGCAAAAGAAACUCGCGGUGGCGGACGAGACCGAGAAGAAGAUCAACGCGGCCCGCGAGGAGUACCGGCCCGUGGCCGCGCGGGGCUCGGUGCUGUACUUCCUCGUCGUGGAGAUGGCUUCCGUCAACUGCAUGUACCAGACGUCCCUCACGCAGUUCCUGGAACGCUUCGACAUCUCGAUGGAGCGGUCGCAGAAGAACCCCAUCACCGCCAAGCGUAUCGCCUUCAUCAUUGACUACCUGACGCUGGACGUGUUCCGGUUCAAGUGCCGCGGCCUCUACGAGAACGACAAGUUCCUCUUCGUGUUGCUCAUGGCCCUCAAGGUGGACCUGCAGACGGGCCACAUCUCACCGGAGGAGUUCCAGACCUUCCUCAAGGGUGGCGCGGCCCUGGACCUCAAGUCCGUGGACCCCAAGCCCUUCCGGUGGAUCACGGACACGACGUGGCUGAACCUGGUGCAGCUGUCGCAGCUCAAGCACUUCGCCAGCAUCCUGGGCCAGGUGGUGGCCAACGAGAAGGGGUGGCGCGCGUGGUACGACAAGGAGGCCCCCGAGAACGACGUCUUUCCGGACGGGUACCAUUCGCUGGACGUGUUCCGGAAGCUGCUCGUCGUCCGUGCGUUCCUGCCCGACCGCACCCUGGCGCAGUCCCGCAAGUACGUGGUGUCCUCGCUGGGCCCCAAGUUCGCCGAGCCCGUCAUCCUGAACCUGGACGCCAUGCUGGCCGAGUCGCGGCCCCUCACGCCCAUGGUGUGCUUCCUGUCCAUGGGGUCGGACCCCACGCCGGGCAUCGAGGCGCUCGCCAAGCGCUCGGGCGUGCCCUGCCGGAACAUCUCCAUGGGGCAGGGCCAGGAGGUGCACGCGCGCAAGCUGGUGCAGGCCUCCAUGGAGGAGGGAGGCUGGGUGCUGCUGCAGAACUGCCAUCUGGGGCUCGAGUACAUGGUCGAGCUCAUGACCCUGCUCAACGAGACCGAGACGGUGGACCCCAACUUCAGGCUGUUCAUCACCACCGAAGUGUCGCCGCUGUUUCCCAUCAGCUUGCUGCAGAUCUCCAUCAAGUUCACCAACGAGCCGCCACAAGGCAUCCGCGCCGGCCUCAAGGCCACGUACUCGUCGAUGGACCAGGAGCUGCUGGAGUACACGUCCAUGCCGCAGUGGAUCCCGCUCUUGUUCACCGUCUCCUUCCUGCACACCGUCGUCCAGGAGCGGCGCAAGUUCGGCCCCCUCGGCUGGAACAUCCCCUACGAGUUCAACUCGUCUGAUUGGUACUCGUCGACGCUGUUCAUCCAGAACCACCUGGAGGACAUGGACCCCAAGCGCGGCAUCAGCUGGAGCACGGUGCGCUACAUGAUCGGCGAGGUCAUGUACGGCGGCCGCGUCACGGACGACCUGGACAAGCGCCUGCUCAACACCUUCGCCAAGGUGUGGUUCUCGGACAAGCUGUUCGAGGAGGACUUCGUGUUCUACAAGGGCUACCCGGUCGUCAAGUACCCCCAGCUGGAGCAGUACCUCGCCCACAUCGAGGAGAUGACCCCCACCGACCCGCCCAUGGUCUACGGCCUGCACUCCAACGCCGACAUCACGUACCAGACGAGCAUGACGACGCGGACGCUGAGCACGAUCGUGUCGGUGCAGCCCAAGGACUCGUCGGGGGGCUCGGGCGAGACCCGGGAGCAGGUGGUGACGCGGCUCGUGCUCGGCAUGCAGGAGUCCCUCCCCGCCGACUACGACCCCUUCCAAGUCUCGCAGAGGCUCAAGGCCAUGAACCACCUGGCGCCCAUGAACAUCUUCCUGCGGCAGGAGAUCGACCGCAUGCAGAAGGUGAUCGGCACGGUCCGGAACACGCUCAAGGACCUGCUGCUGGCCAUCGAGGGCACCAUCAUCAUGAGCGAGUCGCUCCGUGACGCGCUGGACAACAUUUUCGACGCGCGCGUGCCCACCUCGUGGAAGCGCGGCUCCUGGGAGUCGUCCACGCUGGGCUUCUGGUACGCGGAGCUCAUCGAGAGGAACCAGCAGUUCUCCUCCUGGCUGCACGACGGCCGGCCCAACAUGUUCUGGAUGACGGGCUUCUUCAACCCCACCGGCUUCCUGACCGCAAUGCGGCAAGAGCUGACGCGCAACCACAAGGGCUGGGCGCUGGACCAGGUGGUCGUCACCAACACCGUCACCAAGUACACCAAGGAGGAGUGGAAGCCGGCGCCGAAGGAGGAGGGCGUGGCCGUGUACGGGCUGUUCCUGGAGGGCGCGCAGUGGGACAAGCGGUCCGGCAGGCUGGUCGAGUCGCACGCCAAGACCAUCUACUCCGCCAUGCCCGUCAUCGGCAUCUCCGCCGGCCUGGUCACGGCGCCGCGCGACCCCAAGCUCUACAUGUGCCCGGUCUACAAGAAGCCGCGGCGGACCGACUUGACAUUCAUUACCAACCUCUGGCUGACAAGCCAGAAAUCGCCCGAUCACUGGGUGCUGCGCGGUGUUGCCAUGCUAUGCGACACCAAAUGAAGCUGCUGGUGCUGCUGUUCCUCUUCCUGGCCUUCAUCUUCAUCUGCUACCUCGUGUUCCUCAACUACCACGACAAGGGCUACGUCAAGCCGGCCAAGAAGCAGCCCGCGUAGUGCGCGACCCAGCACUCUCUACAUUGGCUGUGAAUGCAACGUUUCUUUUCUGUUUUUUUUUUUCUUUUUUUAUGUGGAGAAGGAACGUACAUGGAAAGGUUGUCACUGUGUUUGUACAAUUAUUGUUAUGGCUGGGUACCUCUAGCCUGUUACACUUUUUUAAGAGUAUUAUGUAGAUAACGCAGUUUUGUUAAGACUUAUUCGUGUUGGUUGUGAAAUAUUGAAAUAUAUGUCGCAGGUUUGUGUAUACAAGUACACAGGUGAAAUAGAAUGAAGCCUCCGUUUUAAAAUAAGAGUUUAUUCUACGUGUGAAAAAAUAUGAUUAAUUAAAUAUUUAAUAUAUCACAGUUGCUUUCUUGGA